AUGAGUGGGCGAGGAGCGGGGGGGCAGCGCUGCCAGCUCAUCUUGCAGCGUUGCCUCGCGAUCCAUCUCACCAAGCCGGGCAACGCGCCAGAUGACUUCUGGAUGUACGACUCUGGUUAUCUCCUGUUCCAGAGUUUCCUGGCAGCGAAUGCGAAGUGCUGGUGGGCGGGUGCCCUCGCAGCGGCCACGGCAGAGCUCCGGUACGCCGGGUACGUGUCCCCCGGAGUGUUGCUAGUGGCAGGGGCUCCCCGCGCGUUAGAGACCGUCCGGGGGGCGUACUCCCGGUCUGUGCUCAAGCCUCCACCGACGUAUCUUAUAUGCGGCCUUGGUGACAUUGAGGAUUGCAUCGUGACGCCGGCGUACCAGGGACAGUUCACGCCACUACCGGAGGCGCUAUGCGAUUGUAUUAUGGAUCUUACGUCCCAGGGGCAGUCAGCAACACUGGAAAGCAUAAGAAUAUCGCUGUCGGCAAAGUUUCCGUCGAUGCAGACACCCUCGCAAGAAGUCGUGUACGACACGCUAGCACAACUUAUGCAAGAGCGAAAAAUCUACCAAACGUCGCGAGGAUUUUUUAUUGUAACACCUGAACGUCGCCGAUCUCGGUCGCGAUCGUCUUCUCGACACCACUCUACCGAAGAUGAAUGCAGCUCGCCCCGCACCAUCCUCAUGUCAGAUCAAGAAGCACUUCACCAACUCUAUGGCGAGAUAACCACUGUAAGAGAUGGCGCCAUCACGCAUCAAUGUGUGCAGACCAACUUAGCCGAUGUAAUUUGUGGAGGUAACCCCAACGACAAGAUCCUGUACGGGAGACCAAACAAACGUCGCAGCGCGUCUUUUCCUGCGCCCCGCUCCCUCGACCGUCGCCAUUCCUUAAGGAUCUUCGGUUCAUCUAGCAAGUACUUGCAGAGAUGCGCUUCAACACGCAGCUUACACCACAAACACGCCAACACAACAGAUAGCUCGUCUUCCACCGAUUAUCCUCCAAGCGUAGAAUCUGCGUCGCCUAAGAAAGUGUCGUUGCUCUCCCGCUUAUUCAGACGAAGCGGCCGCAGCAAGCAGACCCGCGCGAUGAGCACCUUCUCUGCCCAGUUCCCGCCCACUGAGUGGUUCAACUCGAAGGCGGUACAUCUGCAUUGUGUCGCAACGCAAACCGACUCUAAGGAGUCCCUGCAGAGUCAAACUUCAAUUGUAUCAUCGUACUAUGACGGUUCGGAGAUCAGCAAUCGGUCAUCGACACUACCAAGGAGGCACAAAAGACAUCUUUCCACCGAAUCAGGAUUAGCUACUUCUAUACAAUAUGAUCAUUCACCCAUAAGGCAAUCAAGCCCUAGUUCUGGAAGUCUUCCAAGAUCGACAUUAAGCAGAAGUUCUACUAAUAAAACAAUUUUAGAUCAUUUUGGAUCACCUCAAAGAAAUAGUGAACCCAAGUUACGAGAUAGUCCUAAUGGAAGCUUAAGACGUGUGGACUAUUCCGAUAAUGUAAUGUCUACUAGUGGUCCAUCUAGUUUAGAAUCGAACAUUCUUCGAACACCAAGAAAAGACUGUAAAAACGGUCCAUCCGAUCUAAAUUCGCCGAUAAAAAGAAGCUAUCAAACUAGCAGCAGUGGCCACUCUAGUUUAGAAUCGCACAUAUCAGAUCGCACGCUUAAACCUUCGCCUAGUCAUAGUAAUGGAACAGGUUUAAGCAGAGCGCAGUCACUUGUUAAAGUUCAAAGUUUACAAAGUUCCCCAAAAAGUUUACAUAAGUAUAGAACAAAACCUCCAAUUGUAGGUGGUGAAAUAAAAAAUGGUAAGAGUACCUCCCCCAGAACUUCGCCAAAAAACUGUCCAAAUACACCCAAAAAAACCGCAACCCCUCUGCAUAACAAAACUUUAGGGUCUAAAGUUGAAAAUCCAACGACCGCUAUGCUUGCUAGCUCCAACUCAAACAAUUCUAUUACACUAAAAGUCACUACCAAUACCAUGUCACAAAAUGGCGGAACCAACACCAAAGUGUACGUACAAAAUUCUCCUGUCCGAUCUGUUAUUACGUUUGAAAAUGGUAAAGUUACCGAAGCUACUAAUGGAAGCAACAUCUAUAUCAUUAACGACGAUAGACAGGUAGUAUCGGUGUCCCAAAAUGGAGUCACUAAUCAAACCUCAAAAAACCCGCAAGAAACCUCAUUUGACGUCUGCGUUGAAAAAAAGAAACAAAUGUACCAAGAGCCGGAACCUGUAAAACUACAAGAAAACAAAUUCAACAAGAAUUCGAUUAACGACACGGGUAUGAAUAAUAAUCGAAAACUAUCUUUACAAAUAGGUGGCGCAGCGAACAACAAUAGCUUUAUAUAUAAGAACCAGCUAAAUAAUACUAAUGAGGUUGCUUCGAAUCCGGCUUCUCCGGCUAUUCAUAACAACAUCCACAAUAUUGAAACUAGUGCCAAUAGCAAUCCGUCGACACCGACAAAAAGUUACGAUAACGUAAUCGGAUCUUUGGGUAAUUUAAGAUACCAAAAAAACUCACUAACAUCGGCGAAUAGUGGAAUACAUACGAAUAUAAAUUCGAAUAGCGAAUUAAAAAGCGUCGACUUGCUGAAAAAGGCUGCAGCUUUGCAAAUGUUAAAUGGGCUUCCAAAUGUUCACAACAGAAUGAGCUCAGAGUCUAUAGCAAAUUUAUUGACGAAAGGUAUCGAUCAAAAACCGACAGUGCUAGGUUCGGAACCGAAUCUUGCAUUGAAAAAUCAAGAAUUGAUUAAGGAUAUUAAUACCUCGACGGAGAAAAUAAACUGUUUAGAAAACAAACAGAAACGGUACAGCCUCAGCCAGGAUAGUAAGAAAGAUCAUGAUUUUUAUAAUUUUCCAAGCCUGAGCGAUUUGAGCUUUAAUUUUACUAGUUUAGCAGCACAAAAGAUAUUGAAAGGGGUCAGUAUAAACAGUGUGGACACGUUGGUGGAGUUAAAUAUGGCUGCCAACGGUUCGGAAAAGCAAAAUAAUCGCGACGUCGCUGCAGUGUGUACGGACUUCGGCCUUGUA